AUGCCCCCCCGCUCCUUCAAAAAGCUCUCCAUCGCCGUAAGCGGCACCUUCCCGGGCUACAAACAGGCGGACCUGAAAUCCAUCAUCGAGGCACACGGGGCGAGUUUCGCGGCCAGCGUGGGCGAUGGGUGCACGCAUCUCGUGAGCACGAGGAAGGAGGUCGAAAAAGGGAGUGUGAAGUAUAAGCAGGCGUGCGCGGUGAAAGGGUGUGACGUUGUUUCGCUGGACUGGUUGCUUGAGUCGGAUAAGGCGCGGAAGCCGCUGGCGGCGAAGGCGUAUCUGCUUGCGCCGGGGGGUGGGGAUGCGGAAACCAAGGCUCCGAAGGAGCAGAAGAAGAAGCGGAAGAUUGAUGCCGUUGAUGCUGACGGGGAUGUGAAGGUGGAGGCCGAGGCAAAUGCGAAUGGAGAUGCGAAUGGAGAUGCGAAUGGGCACGCGGAUAAGGCCGUCAAAGCAGAUGCAGAUGCAGAUGACGCAGUGCCGAGCAAGAAGCAGAAGGCCGAGACCAAGGCGCUGAAGGUGCCCGUGGACGAGGGCUGCAUGCUGCCGGCGGAGGUGUACAUCGAUGACGGGUUGAUCUGGGACGCGACGCUGAACCAGACCAACUCCGCCAAUAACAACAACAAGUUCUACCGCAUCCAGCUGCUGCUGGAGACCUCUAGUAGCUACCGCACAUGGACGCGCUGGGGCCGCGUCGGCGAGUUUGGGUCCACGGCCCUGCUGGGCGAUGGCACGCUGGAGAGGGCCAAGGCCGAGUUCGAGAAGAAGUUCAAGGAUAAGUCCGGGCUGAAGUGGGCGGAUAGGCUGGAUCCCCCUAAGGCGAAAAAGUACACCUUCAUCGAGCGCAACUAUGAGGAGUCGGACGAUGAGGAGGAUGCGGACGAUGCAGAGAAAAUGGACGUGGACGGGGCGGCGGAGGACAAGAAACCCGUGGAGAGCAAGCUGCCGCAGGCCGUGCAGAAGCUCCUGACCUUCAUCUUCAAUCAGCAGCACUUCCUGUCCACCAUGGCGUCCAUGUCGUACGAUGCGAAGAAGCUGCCCCUGGGCAAGUUGAGCAAGCGCACUCUCACAACGGGUUUCCAGGUUCUGAAGGACCUGUCCGAGCUCGUGGCGGACCCCACGCUGGCGAGCUCGCGCUACAGCACCGAUUUUCAGACUGCGGCGCAGGAUCUGAGCAACCGCUACUUCACGAUCAUCCCGCACGACUUUGGGCGCAAUCGUCCUCCCGUUCUGAACGGCGAUGAUCAGAUCAAACGCGAGGUCGAGCUGCUCGAGGCACUGACGGACAUGGGAGUCGCCAAUGAGAUCAUGAAGGUUUCGCGAGACGCCGAGAUGAUCAACCAGCUGGACCGUCAGUACCAGGGCCUGGGAAUGCAGGAGAUGACACCACUGGCCCGCGCCUCGACCGAAUACCGCGAGCUGGAGGCGUACCUGAACAACUCCCGCGGCUCAACGCACCAUCUCCGCUACAAUGUCGCCAACAUCUUUCGCAUCGAGCGUCAAGGCGAAAACGACCGAUUCAAUGCCUCCUCCUAUGCCAAGAUAGAAGGCAGCGACCGCCGUCUCCUCUGGCACGGCUCGCGCAGCACCAACUUCGGUGGUAUCCUCAGCCAGGGCCUGCGCAUCGCACCCCCCGAAGCACCCGUGCAGGGCUACAUGUUCGGCAAGGGCGUCUACUUCGCCGACAUGUCAAGCAAGUCCGCCAACUACUGCAUGCCGUACAACAGCGCAAACAUGGGCCUGCUCCUUCUCUGCGACGUCGAGGUCGGCAACCCCAUGUUCGAGCAGACGCACAGCAACUACAACGCCGGCACCGACGCCAAGGCUGCUGGCAAGAUCGCGACGCUGGGUCGUGGUCACACGAUCCCGGGCGCCUGGAAGGACGCUGCUUGUGUCAAUCCUGCGCUGGCGGGUGUGCAGAUGCCGGAUGUCGCGCAGCCGGCAACGAGUGCAAACGCCCCCAGUCUGAUGUACAACGAGUAUAUCGUCUAUGAUGUGGCGCAGAUCCGGCAGCGGUAUCUGUUCCAUGUCCAUAUGAACUGA